GUUGAUGCUUCUAUCGCCGAUGUGUCUAAAUUUUGUGGGAUCGUGAAGCUAGCUGCUUUUGAUCCUUUCAAGAAUACAGAGGCAGCUCUUGAAAAUGCCAAUGCUAUCUCUGAAGGUUUGGCUCAUGCGGAUCUACUCAAUUUUCUCGAAAGUAGUCUCCCUCAUAAGAAGAAAAAGCUGAUCUUGGGUGUAAAUGAUUCAAAGCUGGCGGGUUCGUUAACUGAAGCGAACCUCGGCGUGCAGCUUGUAUUUGGAGGUGUUGUUACCGAGAUCUUACGUGGAGUGCGCGUACACUUUGCUCAUCUUGCUAAGGAUCUUCCGCAUCAUUCAUUGGCCAAGGCACAAUUGUCGCUUGGUCAUAGUUAUUCUCGUGGGAAGGUGAAGUUUGAUGUUCAUCGUGUCGAUAAUAUGGUCAUACAGUCUAUUGCACUUCUGGAUCAAUUAGAUAAGGAUAUCAACCUUUUCGGAAUGCGCAUCAGAGAGUGGUAUUCAUAUCACUUUCCGGAGCUUUUCAAGAUAGUACCCGAUCAGUACAAAUACGCUCGAUUAGCUGUGGCUAUUUUGGAUCGUAACAAGUUAGGGGAAAAUGCUAAUAUCGCAAAUGAGAUUAAUGGUACGUGA